UAGACCAGCAAUAUCGAAUGCACAAGUUUUUACAAGUAGUUCAACGUCCCUAAAUUCCUCAGCAGCUAUCGUUUGUAACGAGGGAUUCACCAGGGAAGGACCAAGUGUAAUCAACUGCACUGAAACUGGAUGGAGUGACAAUGUUACCUGUUUACCAAUUGUUUGUGAUAAGAUGGAAGUUGAAAAUGGCAGAGUGAUUGGCACAAGUACCAAGUAUGGGGAUGUGAUUGAUGUUGAAUGUCUUGCCGGAUAUAGAAUCCAGGGUGACAGCAAACUUACAUGCAAAGGCAAAGGUCAAUGGAGCGAUCAUCCAACAUGCGCCAUUCAAAAUUGUGGAAACGUGACCGUACCAACCAACGGUAUGAUAAUGACCAGUUCUGGAGAGACCACGUUUAAUUCAUCGUUGCGAUUUCAAUGUGAUAUUGGUUAUCAACUGGUCGGAAAUGACGUCAUUUGGUGUGAAGCAACAGGCAAAUGGAACAAUUCGGUCCCGAUUUGCAUUCGCAAAUAUUGCGGUGACCCUACCCCAGAGAAUGGCGUCAGUUAACGGGACAUCAUACCAUUUCAAUGACGUGGUUUCAGUAUCCUGCAAUAAUGGAUAUACAUUGUCCGGUAGAUCUGUCAUCCAAUGUCAGAGUAAUAGUAAUUGGACUGAUUAUCCGAUAUGCAAUAUUGUUGCUUGCGAGCGAAUAGUCAUUACCAAUGGUAAAGUGACCGGUAGAUCAACAGAAUUUGAGUCAAUUAUUGAGCUAGAGUGUGAUAUUGGAUAUGAUCUUCAUGGUGACCGAAGAGUAGUAUGUCAAGCAAACGGUCAAUGGAGUGGCAAACCAACAUGCAUCAUCAAAGAUUGUGGCAAUGUCACUUUGCCUUUCAACGGGUCGAUCGUAACAAGUCCUAUGUUGACUACGUUUAAUGCCAAACUGCGAUUUAAAUGUAAUGACGGUUUUCUACUGACCGGAAAUGACGUCAUGUGGUGUGCCGAAACAGGCGCGUGGAACAGUUCUGUCCCGACAUGCAAACAGCAAUCGGACAUUGGUGGGCCUUGUACUGAUGCAAAAUUGUGCAGGACACACAAUGCCAUUUGUGAGAACAAGACAUGCAAAUGCAUUUCUGGGGUGGUAGAUCGAAGAACAGAAAAGUGCGACAUAAUGCCAUUACUGCCAUUCGGAAAAGACGAAGGAGAUAUUAUAAUGGAUCAAGAUGAUUGCAGCGAACCCAUUAUUUUUUCACCUGGGAUACCAGUUUUCAAGAGAAUGAGACGGUCAAUGCAUGUAUGCAGAUGUGGACUCAUAAGUUUUGAUAAAAAAUAUAGGAAUAACAAACCUGUUCCGGCAGAUAGUGGAAAAUUAGACAUUAUUGAACCGACACUUGAAAUAACGGACCCGGUUGUGGCAGCAUAUUUCGCAGACAUCCACGUGGACAAAACCUCAUCAGUUUCAUACAGAACUUACGAUAUUCUUAAUAACUAUCCGUACACAGCUAGGGCGACAGAAGACAUUCGCGUUCUCGAAAGUUUAAUCAAACGGGUUGAAAACAUUUCUUCAUUUGACGCAGGUUUCGUUUUGAUUGCAACAUGGAACAGUGUGAAACCGAAAGCGUUGGCAUUUAAUCGCAAUAACCAAGCAACUUUCCAACUGGCCAUUGUUUCAAACGGUGAACGGACUUAUUCCGUAACAAUAUACGGACAUGAGUUGAUGAACUGGGCUCAAAGUUCAACAGAAGAAACGAUAUCGUUGUGGAUCGGUCACGCCGGAGAGAAUGGUGCUACAUUCAACCACUUGUUCUCGUUCAAACCACCUGCACUUUGGAUGGAUACGGGUACUAAAUCAGGAGGAAUAAGUGGUCUCUUGUUGAAGAAUAUCGAUGAAAACGACUCUGCAUUUAGCCAUAAUGCAGUUGAUUGUAUAAAUGGGUACAACAAAAACAGAAACAGAAAACAGACACUCCAGGUCUACUCCCAACGUCUACCAACGUGUCCUUGUGCCGUCCAUUUGGCUCGAUGGGACCCUUGGUUUUGGCAGAUUCGCUGGAGAAUGCACGAUAGCAACGAUAUAAUCUGCGUUGAUAUGAUCCCAGGCGAAACUUACAAGCCCUUCGGGAAGUCGUGCUGUUAUUACCGUACCUCAUUGACAUUCGUGGACAUGCAGCCACUAUCUGGUGGAUUUUUAAUCUCACAUCCGUCAUUCUCACCACGUGAUCACGAGAUAAAUGACGUCAUCAUGAAGGAAAAAUGCUGCACGACAUCAGAGUACUGCGAUCUAUAUUACCAACUGCAUCCUAUAGGCACAUGCUACACCGUGUCGCCGUACAACUUUGGUUCGUUCUGGGGAGAUCCACACAUGCGAACAUUGGACGGGAUGAACUACACAUUCAACGGUGUCGGGGAAUACGUACUGCUGAACAUUGAUACGCACAAUAUUACGUUUUCUCUCCAAGCUAGAACGGAGAGGGCAGUGAAGGCAGACGGGAAUCUGUCUGACGCUACAAUCUUCACGGCGUUUGCAGCUAGAGAUAAUACAAAUUCAUCAGUACACGUUGAGCUUAAUAGGGCACAUAACAAUGUAACUUUGUAUGGAAAUGGAAUCGACCUCACGAAGACACUACGGGAAGUAGGAAAUGACACGUUCGUGUUUAGCACUUCCACUCUCACAAUUCAUGAAGAAGACGACACAUUGAGGGUGUCAUUCCUUGACACAGGGAUAACGCUUGAAAUAGGAAAACGAGCAGGAAUGUUGUCAAUGGAUACCAUUGUACCAAAGACGCUUAACAAUGUGACAAAAGGUCUCCUGGGCAAUUUUGACGGUGACCCACACAAUGACUUUGUAUACCCAAAUGGGAGCCUUCUACAUUUUAAUGCAAGUGAGAUGGAAAUAUUUUAUUAUGGUCAGACGUGGUCCGUGAAUGAUAGUGUGUCCGUUUUCAUCUAUGAAGACGGCAAGAAACAUUCCGAUUAUCACAACGCUUCUUACGUACCGCGUUUUCUGGAUACAGUUGACAACGCAACACUUGCUGCCGCUAUAAAAACAUGCAACGGUUCAGAACAUAUGGAGUGCAUUUUCGAUUUUGCCUUUACUUUGAACAUUGACAUUGCAAAGACGACGAACAGCAAACUUGAAACCAUUGACAUUGGAAAAAAAGAAAUAGCACAAGUCAUGCCAACGAUAAAUAAUACGUGCAGCGUAAAUGCGACAAUUGGGGAACGAAUUUCUUGUAAGCUAAAUCUUGAGGAUGCGCUGGAAAUCAAAUUUGUGAACCACGAAAAUACUGGAACAACAUAUAACAGAACUUCACAUACCCUUUAUUUCGAACAGAAGGAUGAUCUUCCGCAUAACAUAUGGUUUGUUGCAGUCAAUGCCGAUGGAAAGCAAUCUCAGCAACACACUGUUACGAUACAGCUAUGCACUGGGUGUCAUGGUAAUGGACACUGCUCUACGACAGUGCGGCCAGACCCUCGAGAAAAUGCACAUUUCAAGUAUUCCUCGUGUGUUUGCAACCCUGGAUACACCGGCGACGAUUGUGAUAAAGAAUACGACUGGUGCGCUGAACGUCCCUGCUCCCUUGGCAGAAACUGCACCAACGUCCCCCAGAACGGAACAUACUCGUGUUCUCUUUGCCCAAAUGGAUAUGCUGGAGUGCCGGGAACAAACGAUUGCAUUGAUAUUAACGAAUGUGACAAAACUAGCCCCUGCGACCACAUAUGUAUCAAUACUGAAGGAAGUUACGCGUGUGAUUGUGAUGAAGGAUUCCGGGUAGACACAAACAACGGACAUAGAUGCAUUGAUAUCAACGAAUGCAACGAGGCUACACACAACUGCACUCAGAUCUGCGAUAACACGAUAGGUGGCUUUCUCUGCAAAUGUCUGUCUGGUUAUGCCUUCGACGUUUCUGAUUGGACAUGUUUGCAAGAUGAUUCUGAUCCGUGUGCUGCUUCAACAAUUGACUGCAGUCAAACUUCGGGCUGUACACUAAGUAGGGAAAACAAGACCACGUGCUUCUGUGAUGCAGGAUUCAUGUUGAAUGAAACUUCAUUGAAGUGUCAAGAUGUUGACGAAUGCUCUCAAAAUAUUUGUGCCCAAGACUGCACAAACACGAUCGGCAGUUUUCAAUGCAGCUGCAUAGCGGGCUAUCAGCUGGAAGACAGGGUCUCCUGUAAACCAUGUGUGUUACCGUACUGGGGUGUAAAUUGUGAACAUACAUGUGACUGCUCUGGACGAGGUGCAGAGAGAUGCGACCCAGUCAGAGGGUGCAUGUGUUCUCAAGGUUGGACAGGAAGAUCAUGUGACGAUGACGUCGACGAGUGCAAGAAUCAUAUGGGUGUCUGCAACGAUGCCAGGAAGUCAUGCAUUAACAAUAUGGGAUCUUUUAGGUGUGAUUGUUUGCCGGGUUACAAUGAGGAUGUUGAUGGAAAGUGCCAAGACAUAGAAGAGUGCACGGAUCCUCAGUUGAACGAGUGUAGUCAGACGUGUUUGAAUGCUGAAGGCAGCUAUACUUGUGGAUGUGGACCCGGCUAUACGGAAGUCAACUCGACAUAUUGUUCCGACAUAGAUGAGUGCAAUCUACAAGUGGCGGCCUGUGAUCAGAUGUGUGAAAACCAUCCAGGAUAUUACAACUGUUAUUGUCACUUCGGAUACAGACUUAAUGACGACCGAUCGACAUGCAGCAAAGUGAAAGACUUUUGCAAGGAAUUACGAAAUCUUACAUGCGCAGGCUACUGUGUGCUAGAGGACAAAGUCCCAUCCUGUAAGUGUCAUCAAGGCUUUCAACUUGCCUCUGACCAACAAAGUUGUACAGAUAUCAAUGAAUGUGAGGAGGACAACAAAUGUUCCGAAAGGGCAAUAUGUACGAAUACUGAAGGUUCAUUUGUUUGUGAAUGUCCAGUUGGUAUGAAGCUGCAAAAUACCAAACGAACUUGUACAGAAUGUGACAAGUACCACUAUGGUAGAGAUUGUUCGCUAACGUGUUCGUGUAUAAACGGAGUAUGCAACAGUACAGUAGGGUGUGUUUGUAACACGGGUUGGACAGGAGUCAGUUGUGACGUUGAUUUGGACGAAUGCAGCGAUAAUAACUUUGUUUGUUAUGAACCAAAUACACAAUGCUUGAAUAUGCCUGGCAGCGCCGCUUGUGUCUGUCUAGAGGGCUUGCAGAAAAAUAUGUCAUCCGGAAUGUGUGACGAUGUGAACGAAUGUUCGACAGCUGACAUGAACACAUGUGAUCAGAUUUGUACCAACACAUACGGAGGUUAUGUUUGUAGUUGCAGAGCAGGUUUUGUUCUUAGGAAUGGAAACUGUAACGACAUAAACGAAUGUCUGGGUGAUAACGAAUGUCAACAACAGUGUGCGAACACUAUCGGUAGCUACAGAUGCUUCUGUAGAUCGGGAUUUACCCUUGAUCUUACUGACAGAAAGUCUUGCCUUGUUGAAAAAGAGUGCACAUCAAAUCAAUCGGCUCUCUGCUCUGGCGUUGCGAAGUGUUCCGUUUCCAAUAGCGAGGUUAUGUGUGUUUGCCCAAACGGGUACAAUGGCACUAAUUGUUCAGACAUCGACGAGUGUGUGAUUGGCAAAAAUACGUGUAGUCAAGACUGCAACAAUACUGAUGGUGGGUACAGAUGCCAAUGCAAAGAAGGAUAUGUUCUUCAAAACGACAAUGCAACUUGUACAGAAUGCAUCAACUGGACAUACGGUAAAAAUUGUUUGAGCAAGUGUGAAUGUAAUGUUACCAAUACUAAUACAUGCAAUUCAACAAACGGAAAGUGCAUGUGUUUAAAAGGAUGGCAAGGGAAACGAUGUUCUGAUGAUGUUGACGAAUGUACGUCAACCCAAAAUGUGUGUCCCACUUAUUCAAACUGUAUAAACCUGUCAGGCGGCUUUACGUGCGAAUGUUACCACGGAUACCUUAAGAACAGCUCCGGUCAAUGUCAAGCAUGUCCCCAAGGUCGUUUUGGCAAAGGCUGUACUAGCAAAUGUUUGUGUGACAUGUCCCACACAUCCGAUUGCAAUAUUGCAAACGGGAGCUGCAAGUGUGACGCAGGAUGGAUGGGUCCCACAUGUAAUGCAGACGUCGACGAGUGUUUGUCAAUAAACGGCUUCAAAUGUCAUGCAAACUCGACGUGUGUCAAUACGCGGGGUAGUUACAAGUGCCAUUGUGAUCCGGGAUUUAAAACGGGCAGGAAAGGCGAUAGCUGUAUAGAGUGCACAGACAAUACUUACGGAAAUGAAUGUUCCGCGCCGUGCGAAUGCGUUAAGGAUCAUACGCUUUCCAACACCAAGUCAUGUGAAACUGUCCUUGGGACGUGCUUGUGCACGGGGAACUGGGUGGGUAAGGCUUGCGAAAUUGACGUCGAUGAGUGCAAAACAGAUGCUUGCAAAGAUAAAAACUCUAUAUGUGUAAACCUAAACGGAUCCUUCGCAUGCUACUGCAAGAGAGGUUUUGUUGAAGAUGAUGUUUCAAAAUAUUGUACGAAAGUUACGAAAGAGAAGAAUUAUGAACAACUAGACCUGCAGAUCACAUUGAACAUUUCAAUUGACCAAGAUCUUGAUCUCACAUCAGACGAAACGUUUGCAGCGGUUGCCACUAAAGUAACGUUAUCGCUUCGGACGUACCUGUUGCGUUUCGUUACACAUUUCAAAAUUGUCGUUACGGAUCUGAGAAAAAAAGGUAGCUUAGUAGCAAACUACUCACUGUUCUACGCUAAUAAUGUCGACUCAUCUACACAAGUACUGAAUGCCUUAGUUGGACUCAUGGAAGGAACUUUCACCAACUUUGAUGGACGAAGUGUACAAGCAAUGUCAGAACAAUCAGCCAGCCUCGCCGUGCUGUGUGGAUUGUACGAGAAGGGCAAAGGUCCCUGUGAAUACGGAACGGUGUGCGACGUUAUAGACAAUGCCCCGAUGUGCGUAUUGGAUGUUUUUCCCAAAGAUAAUUACACGCUGAUUGUUGGUUUUUCUGUGGCGGGCGGUCUUCUAUUCGCUAUUGCAAUUAUAAUGGCAAUAUGUAUUGUGGUCAAACGGAAGGCAAGGAACGCCAACAAGCAAAUCGACAGGCAAGAAAAUCGAUCUGAUCGACAACGUGAGACGAUGUUUUGGAGAUCGCCAUUCAAGAAAGACAGUAUUGGAAGUGAAUCAGGUGCUCAACGGUAUAGAACAUGGCGAUCUAUAGCUCUUGGAUUUAGCCAGAAGUCCGCUAAGAUUCCGAGAUUGGUUGCUAACGCUCUGCACGAUACUACUAAAUCGGAAGAAAAAUAACAAAGACCGAAAAGAAAGCACAAAUAAGCAUACUUAUUUUACUACCGAUUCCUGUGUAUUUUAUUUCCAUCCCAUCUUCGAGUACAAAUAUCACCAACUAUGUACACUUAAUUUAUGAUGUAUUUACAUUAUUAAUAGUGAUAUUGUCUAACUAUUUACUUGAAUAUUUGUACAAUAACGGAUUAUGACUAUAAACUACUGUUAGAAUAUCUGAUGUUUUCAUUAUUUUUAACACGUGCUGUAUACAAUAGUUAAGUUAUUUAUGUAUUGUACUAGCAUUUUUUCGAUGGUCUGUUCAUAUCGUGUUAUAAAUUAUUCUUAUAACUAAUUUUAAAAUGGCAUACAAGUAUAAUGUUAGAUAGUGCAAAGCGACGAAAACGGUUUCGUUUUAAUGAUGUUUGUUCAUAUCGUUUGGCAAAAACGCGCUCCAGUCUUAAUUUGACACUCAAUUCGAUACUUUACAUUUGUUAUGCUAAUUGUGAUUGAUAUACGGAAAAAUGCGUAUUAUUCAGAAAAAAAAUAACGCCAGUGUUUUGCUAUUAAAUACUAGAAAUUACAAUACCUUUUUUUGCCUUAGUUCUUGUAUCUUACGUUUUUUAUAAGUUAUUGAUUUGCAUAAUUGUAUAUAUGUGGUGUUAUUUUGUUUGCUAAUAAUAUACUAUUUGCUUAAUUUUAAUUUAUAUUUUAUGCGUAUUUAAACAGAAAUUCAUUGCGUAUUUUCCUAAAAUGUAUUAUGUAUUGUUAUUAAAUAUUGUUUUGCAUAGUUGUUUGUAUGUGGUGUUAUUUAGGUUGUUUAUAAUAUACUAUUUGCUUCAUUUGUAUUUGUAUGUUAAUGGAUAUUUAAACAGUAAUUCACUUAUUGCAUAUUUUAAGCAUAUGCAUUAUGCGUAUUUAAACAAUUAUCGAUUAAGUAUUUUCCUCCAAUUUUUAUUUGUAACGAAAUGCAUAUUUAAACAGUUAUUCGCUUAUUGCAUAUUUUAAGCAUAUGUAUUAUGUCUGGUUGUGUCCUAAGAAGUAGUUCGUCUUAAAUAACGCGUACCUUCUUUGCCUAGUUGACUUGUUCUGUCCGAGCGUGCGUGCAUACGUCCGUCAAUUUUUUCUAUAAAUUGAUAUGCUCCUGAACCACAGGGCAUAAUUCUUCGAAUCUUAGGAAUGCGUCUGGGUGGUCCUAUAUGAAAAUAUUUCCGGUUCGUUGAUUAAAUUUGUCAAGGGGUUCAAACAGGUGUUUUACAAAUGGGAACUUAUAAAUCGUCUCCUCUGAAACCGCAUAGCCUAGAUGUGUAAUGUGUGUAUGUAACCAAAGUAUUGUUCUCAUCUAUAAAGUUUGUUCAAAUAAUUCCUAUUAUGUCAAAACUGGUCCCGCGUCGGGGGUUAACAUGUUUGCGUAAACGUUAUUUAAUCUUUAUAUAGAAAUAACUUUUUAAAAGCUUCUUUUUUAAAACCGAUUUGGUAUGUAUCAUCAUCUAGAACUCGAGUUAUGUCACUGGGGCUGAAAAAUGACCUCGCCCCGGGUUCAUUAGUUUAAUAUUGACUGAUAUAGGGGAAUCUUAUGAAAAUCUCAUCUUGAUUCGCAAAACCCAAUCUUUUACUAGUUGGUAUGUAGUAUCAUCAAGAGUUACUGUACACAUUGUUUUCGAGUUAUGCCCCUGUGAUGAUAAGUGGCCUUACCGCUGUGUGUGUGUGUGUGUGUGUGUGUGUGUGUGUGUGUGUGUGUGUGUGUGUGUGUGUGUGUGUGUGUGUGUGUGUGUGUGUGUGU